UUUUGCAGCUCCAGAGGACUCCAGAUGCUCAGGGCAAGAUCUCUGCAGCCGAAACCGUCAGCAAAGAGAACGAGGAGAAGGAUGGCCUGGAUAAGUGGAAAAUGCUGCAGCGAUUUCUGUGUAAGCCCCAUUGUGACAAUUCCACAGGGAAUUUGAAGCUAUGCCCCAAAGACUGGCUGCUUCAUGAAAACAACUGCUAUUGGAUCUCAACAGAAAAACAAACCUGGAAUAACAGUAGGGACGACUGCAGAGCCAAAGAUUCUAAAAUUGCGAUGUUGAAAGAACAAGCAGAACUGCACUUCAUACAGCGUAUCUCCAACGGGGCACAGCUAUUGUGGAUUGGACUGUCUGUUAAUUCCACUACCCGUGAAUGGUCAUGGAUCGACAACUCCCCGUUAAAUGAUACAUUGCUGCCGAUCACAGGUGUGGCUCAAGGAAACAGCUGUGGGAUGCUGAAGGGCCAGAAAGUCAUCUUGGAAUCUUGCAGCGCUGUGACCAGGUGGAUCUGCGAGACAGAAGCUCUGGUGAUGUAAACAACAGAAGAGGAAAACUAGAA